AUGAACUUACCAGCAGCAUACGCAGCGAUUCAAGCGCUGGCGCUCAUCAAGGUGGAUGAUGGUGUGGAGCUCUGUGUGGAUUUCAUCCCCUUCAAGGUGGCCAAUAAGUCCAUUUCCGCUUCAAAGCACUCGUAUUGCUCCGGCAACUUGAUGGAGGAGACACGUCUAGAGUAAGUUAUUGAGUUUGCUUUUUGAUUUCGGAUUUUAGUAGCUACUUACUGUCGGACCCUGUUGCAAAGCCACGGAUCUUGCCGCGAGAUACAGAUAUUCGAACUGUUGUUCUUGUUGGAGAGUUACAGUCUGGGUGAGUUUUGAUUUUGCAAGUUGUUUUAUGUUUUUCUAAAUUACGUAAAAUAGAAUGCUAAAGGUUUAGAUAAUAAUUUUUAUUUUUUAGGGCAACAACCUAUAUCAACUUUUAUUCUUUGGAAAGAAGAGCUGUGGGUGUCAUUUUGGGAGGUUUUCCAAAACCAAGUGGAGGACUUGAGGCUAGCACUGCGAACGAGCACGUUUUUUAUCAAGGCUGCGGUAAACUUAAGACCUCAAUGUAUAAAGACAUUGUUUCCGAAUUACCGUUUGUGCCUUUGAAGUUGAACGAUAUAAAUGUGUGCGGCUUAAAGGUUGGUCACACUUCAAAUGGCACAAUCUGGAAGGAUAAAGGCCAAUGUCGGAAGUUGGUUCUCGACGGGGGAGCGAGUUUGGUGCCAGUGCUGUGCUCUAAUGAAAAUGAGCUCAUGUUCACGAUGGUAAGUUGUUUUUUUGUUUUUAUUGCUGUAGUAGUAAAGUAAUUUUUUGGGCUUUUAAAAUUUUUAUUGUGUUUUCUUUAGCAAAUUCAAAAAUCUUGUUAGUGAUUGCUUUAGUAGUAGAGUAAUAUCAAUUUUUGUUGAUUUAGUGAUGCGUAUGGUAAACUGUUGGUUUGGUGAUAAGUAAGGGUGAGAGCGGUAAGAAAUAAGUUUUUAAAAUUAUGUUUGUUUUAAGCGAAGGAAAAGUGAAAUUUUUACUUUUGGCAGGUUAAAAACAUUGUUUUAGAGAGCACUGCUGAACCGAAACUUCGACCUUAAAGAUCAUUUCACUGAGGAAGAGAUCAACACCACGUUGGCCUACCUCUACGUUCGGUAAGUUUACUGUCAUUUCUUGAUUUUUUAAAUUUGAUGAAUAUGCUGUUUAUGAGACUUAAAACGAUGUUUUUUGAUUUUUGAAAUGGAUUUUUAACUAUGUUUAUAUAUUCUUUAACUUUGCUUAUAAUUGUUAUCGUUUCAGCGAUAUUCCCACCUCCCCCACUCCUGGUACAGAUGCUGUUGAUGUAAGUGAUAGUACGGCUAUAAAAGAGAGCAAUUACACUGAAUAUAUGUACGACCUUGAAUCAAUGGAAUCUUCUACGUCUCCGUGAGUUUUUUGAUUAAAAUUGAUUUUUAAAAUUUCGUUCUUCCCCUUCCCCCUCCAGAAAAAACGAAAAAGCUGGACUAUAGAUUUUUGAUUUUUUUUUUGAUCUUCCUCUGCCGUAUUUUUUUCUCUUCCCCUACUUGAAAUGUUUUUGACUUCCCCACCUCCCAUUUCUUCCCUCCACACCCAAAUCACCCUCCCGUUAUUGAUUACAUUAGUUUUGAUGCAAAAUGUCGAUAUUUCAGCCCAAACACGCUGCUGACGAUCAUCAUCGUGAGUGGUUUGGUUAUUUUAUCAGUUGUAAUUUCCGGCGUCGUCGGAUUCAUCGUCUACAGAACGAAGCAGGUCGAGUACCCGGAUGUGCCAAUGCCAGUCAUACAGAGACGCGACCUCAAUCGAGAUGUCAUCUUGAACACCGGCCAAAAGGAAGUGGUCAAGAUCUAG